UGAUCGGUGAUUUCAUCUCAUGCUUGGGUGGUGAUCAGUGAUCGAUACGAUGAGGAUGAAGAGCCUGGGCAAAUCCUUCGAUGUGUUUGAGUUCAGAGAGGAAGAUGAGCUGAUCGAAGCGCCGGUGAAAAUCUCGUCCGCUAAAAUUGCCUACCCUCACAGUUCUGUAGUUGGAAUUCAACCCAAGGAGACUGAAAUUGGAACAUGCUUGUUCUUGGGCACUGAUGCUACUGCCAGUGAUUGCAAUCUUGAUGCUAUUGUUUCACCUACUUCUGUUGAGAGUGAGGAUUUUGCUGCAACACCUGAUUUAAGCCAUGUUCCGGACAAUGGAUUUAAAAGCAAUGAACAACCUACAGAUGUCAAAUCUAAUAUCAUUGAUUUUGAUAGUAUAUUUACUGGUGAAGUAUGUAGUUCAAGCUGCCAUUAUGAUUGGAGUCCAACUCUGACGAUACCCGUCCAGGAUGGUGAAACUCCGGCGGUAAUUCUGUAUUCUGAUUUCCUAGAGUACUGUGGUACUUAUUAUCUGGACUCUGUUGUGAGGUUUUCCAGAGGUCAGAUUGAAGCUAAAAGUAAAAUCAUCUAUGGAAAAGAAAGGACCUUAUAUAUUCAUUUGGACGUCGAGGAUAUUGUCAAAAUAGAGUCUCAGUGGAGUGCUCGAUACAAGACAGGCACCAUAAAUAUUUAUUUCAUCUCAAAAGAUGCAGGAGAAGAUAAUAUCAUUUGCGAUGCUUCAGUUUCAGGAAUUCGAGAGUUAAAAUUUUCGGCUGUUGUCUCUGAUUGGGAUGAAAAGCUGGAGGCAAUAGAAUAUCUGGAUAUGAGAUAUAAGGCAGUAUGGAGUGACGUACUUGACAUUGGGAAGGAGAAUUUGUCUUCUUCUCCGACAGGGGGAGAAAUGAUGUUUACGAGAUCCUAUUUUCCUCAUUUUGAUGAGCCGUUUCAAGAAUUGAUUUAUCCCAUAGGUGAUCCUGAUGCUGUUUCAUUAACUAAGAGAGAUGUAGAUCUCCUACUGCCUGGCACAUUUGUCAAUGAUACAAUCAUUGAUUUUUAUAUCCAAUAUUUGAAGACAAGAGUUAAUGUGAAAGAGCAGAAUAAGUUUCACUUUUUUAAUAGUUUUUUCUUUCGAAAGCUUGCCAACAUGGAUAAAGAUCCAUCCAGUGCUUUUGAUGGCAAAGCAGCUUUUCAGCAUGUUCAUAAAUGGACAAGAAAAGUAAACUUGCUUGAAAAGGACUUCAUAUUUAUCCCAGUAAAUUACAAUUACCACUGGAGUCUUAUAGUAAUUUGUUACUUUGCAAAAGUUUCCAGCUAUGAAGAUACCGAAGACAACAAGGCAGUGCAAACUCCUUGUAUAUUGCAUAUGGAUUCUCUAAGAGGAAAUCAUCUUGGCCUCAAAGAUCUUAUACAAAGCUAUUUAUGGGAGGAGUGGAAAGAAAGACAGAAAGGAACAUGUGAAAAUCUGUCUUCAAAAUUCAGAAACUUAAAGUUCAUUCCUCUUGAGCUUCCGCAGCAGCAAAACUCGUAUGAUUGUGGUCUUUUUUUGCUUCACUACAUAGAGCUUUUUCUAGCGGAAGUUCCUUCCGACUUCAGUAUUUACAAGAUUACACCAUCCUCCAAAUUUCUUCAGUCAGAUUGGUUCCCUCCAGCUGAAGCUUCCAUGAAACGAGUUCAUAUUGAAAGAUUGAUCAAGAGUCUGUUAAAAACUCACUCUUCGGAUCAUACCACAUUUUCUGGGCGAGGCGCUCAGUCUUCCCUUAAAUAUCCAAACCUUAUUACCGACUGCGAAAAUGAUGUCAAAUAUGGUCCUUUGUUUGGUUGCGAUGAGAGCUCAGUAUGUGAAGCUGGGCAGGGAAAUGAGAAGACUUCACUUCCUGCCAUGUCUAAGAGAAGUCUUCGCUAUAACAGAACUUCAGAGUUUUACCGGAAAGAGUUGUUUGAGCAAACAUCUGCUUUGGAAACAGAGGAAAUACACACAUCUCCAGUAGCAUCAGAAGAACUGCAUAAGGCUGCAGAAUCCCUCGACGGAUUCAGGAAAAGCAAUCGAUCAAGCAACCCCGGUUUCUCGAAGAAUCCCUCCAACAAUCUUGCAUCAAGAUAUCCACAAGUUCGAUUCCAAGUAGGUACAACUUUUAUCGACCAUGAAUACUUAACUGAACGUAGCGAGCAGCAUCCAGCCAAAAGGGUUCGAUUCAUGCAGCACGAUGUUCGGGACAAGCCUGCCGGCUGCGUCCCCGAAUAUCUGUUGGCAUGAAGUAACGAAUACCUCCUCCAUGGCCGAAUGCUCCUCCAUACAUUUUUGUUUGUAAGUGUGAUGCUGAUAACAAAAUUAGUUAUA